CGACAAUUGGCUGAGGAUUAGCGUGUGGGCGGGGCUAGAUGCAGCACGGAAGUGGUGUGCGUGUAGUGAAGUGCUGUGUGGAUGCUGGAGGCGAUAACUCUAUUUCCACACUGAGCAGUAAUGUGACACACACAAAGACAAACCACAUCCAGCCUGGCACUGAUAGCGGUCUCCAGCCUGGUGAACAUGGGCAUUAGCGGAGUAUGAUGUGCAUGCUCUCCUCUUCACGUGCAUAAGUAUACAGCUCGCUGCUUACUUGUGUAGGUAUAUACAGUAGAGCCUGUUAAACUACUUAUACAGACACUUACAGCUCUGCUUAGGAGCCACACAGCCCAGACUCUUUACUAACUGCAGUUUUAAGGCUUCUAUUGUGAGGACUCCCUAUACGCCAGUAUGUCACACGGAGUGUCACCACCUCUUCUACUAUGGAUGGAAGACAUGUGUUUAGUCAUGUUCCUGCGGACUCGACGGCUGCUUCUUCAGACUGGGAUUUUGUUUUGUGUCCUCCUUCUGCUUCUCUGGGUAGCCGUCUUCUUGUAUGGCAGCUUUUACUUCUCCUAUAUGCCGACUGUCAAGUAUUCCACUCCUGUGCAUUACCAAUACAGCUCCACUUGUAACCCCCCGCCUGGGAUCCUGUGCUCAUUUCCCACUGCUAAUGUAUCACUUCUGAGGAAUAACCGCGACAGGGUACUUAUGUAUGGACAGCCAUAUCGUAUAACCUUAGAACUUUGGGUGCCUGAGUCUACUGUCAACCAAGACCUUGGGAUGUUUAUGGUUUCAAUGUCAUGUUACACACGAGGGGGAAAAGAGAUUUCUUACACGGCUCGAUCGGCUAUGCUGCACUACAAGUCCCCACUCCUGAAGACAUUGGAUACUGUGGCCUCAUUCCCUUUGUUGCUUUCUGGGCUUUCUGAGCAAAAGCAAAUUCUUGAAGUUGAGCUGCACUCUGAAUAUCGAGAAGAUUCGUAUGUUCCAACCACUGGGGCUGUAAUACAGAUACAAAGUGUCCACAUACAGAUAUACAGUGCUGAGCUGCGGGUACAUGCACAUUUUACAGGUCUCAGGUAUAUACUGUACAACUAUCCAGUGAUUUCUGCUAUUAUUGGCAUUAGCAGCAACUUUGUCUUCAUGAGUGUCCUAGUGCUGCUCAGCUACCUACAGUUUGGAUUUGUAAGGUCUCGUCUAAGGGCUGGUAACAGGGGGCAGGACAGUACCGAAACAGAGAGAACUGAGACCCAAGAAGGGGGAGCUGCUCAGUCAGAGCACGAUGAAGCGCCUCACACAGAAACUCUUGGUCAAGGUGAGAACACGACAGAAGACCCUUCAAAUGACUCUGGUCUAAGUGUGACUCCUCGGCCUAUAGGAAUAACUGAAGAGACCAAUGACCUAGAAGAGCUCGAUAUAAGUUUACCUGGGGACACAGACCUUUCUGCCACUAUGGGCACAGCUAUGGAGGAGGCUCAAACUGGUUUAAUUCUGCAGCAGAGGAUUACUCAGUGCAGUGCCCACUGAUGACUCAAAUCAUUGCACUUAAUAACCCACAUCCUUCCAGGGUGUUGGCAGAGGUGACGUGCCAGAGCUGAUUCCAAUUAGAGAUGACACUUUUUUUUCCCCUUUCUGGCUACUGACUCCACCAUGUUCUGUUAUAGAAUAUUGUUAUUCCUCCAGUGGCACAGCUUACUGCAGUGACCCGGAACCUAUGGCUCUGCAGUCGUUGUCAGACUAGAACACCCAGCAUGUCCUGACAGCCACAGUGCCCAACAGGUUAAAGACUGCUUGCUGGUUGCUGAAACCUGUUACUUGUUCACUUUUGUGAUUUUACCCUGGCGGUUAUGAGUUUCCUUAUCUUCAGUCUACAUGUACACACAGCAUCAUCCAUUUAUUUUUCUGGGUAAACUUACACAACACACCUAGGUCUUUGACAUUCCUUCUUUUUCCUGCAGUGAUUUCAUGAGCUUAUCUUGCACAAGCACAUAGAAGAAUAUAGUGUUUCAUUAAGUGAUGACUCGGCUGUUUAAGAUGAACAAACUCUUACCCAGCAGAACAUUCCACACAAACUAAUAGGAAGUCUCCUCCUUACCUGUAUCACUUCAACUUUCUCCAAUUUGGCAGCCAUACAAACACACCUUAGUGAUCUGGUAUGUAGUGUUCACGUAGAAUGUGUCCAGACAAGACGAUGACAUACCUGAGGAUGUUGCUAGUUUUAGUCUGUUCACAGAAUUCACAUAUUUAUUUACAGAACACACUGUUCACUGGCAUAAUAGUACAUUAAAGGGGGCACUUAAGGAAAUGUCACCAAUUUCUUUGAUAGGUGAGACUAAUGUAAAAGGACACUGUCUUGUAUUAUAAGGCAAAGUGUAAAAGACUUAGAGGUAGGAAUUUUGCCUACAUCUCUGUUGGUUUUGGAUAAGAAUUGAGUCGUAGGCUUUGUUUUUCUAGAUAGAAAGCAGAUUUCUAUAGCAGGAACUUUCCCCUAUUCUGUUUGCUGUAGAGGCUAGUCCAGGUAAGCCUGCCCUUUGGUCACACCACAGCUAAAGAUUAAGUCUUGGAGCACUGGAGUUGGAUUUGUUUUCUCUGCUAGAUAUCUAUAGGACAUAUGUUUUGUUCAGAGGUUUUUCUUUUCUAGUUUAGUGUCUCUUUAAUGCAGGUUCACUUGGUGAAUCAGCAGUAGUUACAAUGUAUGCUCAUACCAGUGUUAUUUUGUUUUAGUUGUUUUUGCUCUUGUGGCAUAUCCAGGGCUCUUUUAAGUCUGUAAACUGCUAAAAUCAUUGGAAGAUAUUAAUAUACAGACCCUAGUAAUACUUUUAGUGUAAUAUUCACAGGCUGUUUAGACUUAGCUUAACACAAAUAUGCACAUAGUAAUAUUUUAACUGCUCACUGUGAUCCCAAUAUCUACACUUACAGAUACAUAGAACAUCUCUGUAUACAUGACAAGGAACAUUCCAAAGCUUAUACGCAGACCAGAUAGAAUAGUGUUACACCAUUAGGAAACUUUGCUUUCUGAAACCAAUAUAAAACUGUGAAUUCACAAUAGAGUGAACGGGAGAGGACACCACCAAUAAACCUGCUCAAGUUAACAUGUAUCAAUUCUUUGUACUGUUUUUUUUGCAUGACACAUGAAAACCAUUCUUUAUACCUGUCCAGUAUGUUUUCCCCAUAAACUUCAUUGACCAUUAGUACAGUAUCACUUGUGUUUUGCACUACUAUACAAUAGAGAAAGUAAAAAACAAAGCAUUUGCUCUUUUACAUAAUUUCUGAAUGUCUCUCUAUGAUAAUAAAGUUUUUAUACAAAAAGGCAGAGAGCAAUAAAAUAA